ACCUCGACCAUCUCAAACUGUUCGAUCUCUUAUUAGAAGUACAAAACAAAUCUCAAAGCACUUCCUUAGAAAGAAAGAAAAAAAUCUCAAAGCGCUUAUCAGAUCAGACUGUUCAAAUUUUUUCCUUUUUGGGCUUAAUCAGAUAGUUCAAAUUCAAAGAUGGCAACUGGGUUACCAAAAUUUGCUUUUAUUGUGUUGCUGGCUCUUUUGUCGACCAUGCAAGUAGUGUUUGGGAUUAGGUUUGUGAUUGACAGGGAAGACUGCUUCUCUCAUGAUAUCCAAUAUGAAGGGGAUACGGUCCAUGUAUCUUUUGUUGUAAUCAAGGUUGAUGGAGCUUGGCAUUAUGCUCAAGAUGGCAUAGAUCUUGUGGUGAAAGGACCUUCUGGCGAUCAGAUUCAUGAUUUUCGUGACAAGACAAGUGAGAAGUUUGAGUUUGUGGCUCAUCAUAAGGGACUCCACCGUUUUUGCUUCACUAACAAGUCUCCCUAUCAUGAAACAAUCGACUUUGAUAUACAUGUUAGCCAUUUUACAUACUAUGAUCCGCAUGCAAAAGAUGAGCAUUUUAACCCCUUACUAGAACAGAUAUCAAAGUUGGAGGAAGCUCUUUACAAUAUUCAGUUUGAACAGCAUUGGCUAGAGGCACAGACUGAGCGUCAGGCAACAGUAAAUGAAGGAAUGGGCAAGAGGGCUGUUCACAAGGCCUUUUUUGAAUCAGCAGCACUCAUUGGUGCUAGCAUUCUCCAAGUUUACCUUCUGCGCCGGCUGUUUGAGCGGAAGCUUGGGACAUCCAGAGUUUAGAUGUGGAAUUGUCAUAGGAUAUUUAUCAAUUUGUAGAACCAUGAAGCCAGACUCUUCCUUGAGGCUUUUGUUUGCCUUUUUGUGAUCACUCCAGGACAAAACAAGCAUAGAGACCGCUUUGUUAACUCUUUGGCAGCAGGCACAAAUACAUGCAUUUCAGCUCAACCGUGGGUAAACUAGAUUAGUUGCCAUUUUGACCAAUCUAUGGCUAGUCUGUGACUGGCAACAAUGACACGUGGAAAUAACAAGGCGGUAGAAAUGUGUGUUUCAUUUUUUAGUAUAUAGAAACAAUGUGUAUUUGAAGAAGUUGAAAGGGCAUAAAUAAGAACUGUAGAGCACACAUGUUUUUCCA